UUUUUUGAUGAUCUAAAACACUUAAGUGUGACAAACAUGCAAAAAAAAAAAAGAAAUCAGGAAGGGGGCAACUGCAUUGUUACCUACUCAUCUUGCCUUGUUUUCUAGAAGGGCCCAGUGUCAAAAUGUAGUUUCAAGACUUUAAUUACUUCACAUUGUGCUUACAUGGCAUGGUGCAUAUAUUGUGAUUAAUCAAAUUAUCAUUAACAUACAUCAUAUUCCAGCCCAGGGGUACUGGUUGGUUUCUGGUGAAUAAUUAAACUAUGUAGUGUCUGUUGUGUGCACUGUACUUAAUGGGAACCUGGAGAGUACUAUAGAUCUGUAGGAGCCCAACAACAAUUAAUGGGUUCGUUUGGCCAUGCUGAGAAAAAAUAAAGUUAAUUCACUCUGAGCGCAGAGAAUGUGCAAGAGUCAGUACUGCUGGUAAUGUUUUGAUAAUAACAUUUCAUCAGUUUGUCUUGUCCUUAUACCUGACUCCAGUCAAACAGACGAUAGUGACGUGAUAUUGUCCUCUAUGCUUGCCUGCCAGCAGUAGAAAACGUGAAUUUCAGUAAAUAUUUUACUCCCCUGGAAAAUGCAGACGUUUUGCUUGCAUCAAUACAUCCAUGAGCUGAAUCAUAGGCUCUGCAGUCUGACCUCGAUUGCUUUCCCCUGGAAUCUAACUAGUCGAUAGCAGAGUUGAUGCUAUCGCUGAUGCAACACACUGACAGAUCCACCCAACCGGCUUUUCUCACCGACUUCUCUUUGUAAGAAGACAGGUUUUGAGUCAGAAGGCCCUGCACCAUGGCAGAUAAGCUAAGCCCGGAGGUGAAGUUCCACCUCAUUACUAGGAACCUCCAGGAGGUCCUUGGAGAGGAGAAGCUGAAGCAGGUUCUUCAGGAGAGAGAGAUGAAGGUGUACUGGGGCACAGCGACCACUGGCAAACCCCAUGUAGCUUACUUUGUCCCUAUGUCCAAGAUAGCAGACUUCCUCAAGGCUGGAUGUGAGGUCACUAUUCUGUUUGCAGACUUGCAUGCCUACCUAGACAACAUGAAGGCCCCCUGGGAGCUGCUGGAGCUCAGGGUGAAGUAUUAUGAACAGGUCAUCAAGGCCAUGUUGGAGAGCAUUGAUGUGCCUCUGGAUAACCUCAAGUUUGUCAAAGGAACUGACUACCAGCUCAGCAGAGAGUACACUCUGGAUGUGUACCGUCUGUCUUCCAUGGUGACAGAGCAUGAUGCUAAGAAGGCUGGAGCUGAGGUCGUCAAACAGGUGGAGCAUCCCCUGCUGAGUGGUCUGCUCUACCCUGGAUUGCAGGCUCUGGAUGAGGAGUACCUCAAAGUGGAUGCCCAGUUUGGAGGAGUUGACCAGAGGAAGAUUUUUACUCUGGCAGAGAAGUACUUGCCCUCUCUUGGCUAUUCCAAGCGUGCCCAUCUGAUGAACCCGAUGGUACCAGGACUGACAGGGGCCAAGAUGAGCUCCUCAGAAGAAGAGUCAAAGAUUGAUCUACUGGACUCCAAAGAAGAUGUGAAGAAGAAGCUGAAAAAGGCUUUCUGUGAGCCAGGAAACAUCCAGAACAAUGGAGUACUCUCCUUUGUCAAAUAUGUCGUCUUCCCUCUACGCGGAGAGUUUUGCAUCAAAAGAGACGCCAAGUGGGGUGGAGACAAAAUCUACACUAUGUUUGAAGAGGUGGAGAAGGACUUUGCUGAGGAGAUCAUCCACCCAGGAGACCUGAAGGCCUCAGUGGAAGUAGCACUAAACCAACUGCUGGAGCCAAUCAGAAAGAAGUUUGAGUCACCUGAGCUCCGCAAACUUACCAACUCUGCCUACCCCAACCCCUCAAAGACGAAAGGAGCAGGAAAGAGUGCCAAGGCAGGAGUAGAGGACGAUGAGCUGGCCCCCUCCAGACUGGACAUCAGAGUGGGCAAGAUCAUCAGUGUUGAGAAGCAUCCAGAUGCUGAUUCCUUGUACCUGGAGAAGAUUGACGUGGGAGAGCCACAGCCAAGGACGGUAGUCAGCGGGCUGGUGGCCUAUAUUUCAAAGGAGGACUUACAGGAUAGAAUGGUGUUGGUGCUGUGCAAUCUGAAACCCCAAAAGAUGCGAGGGAUUGAGUCUCAAGCCAUGCUGCUAUGUGCCUCUGUUGAAGGGGAACCCAGGAGGGUGGAGCCACUGGACCCUCCAGAGGGGUCAUCGCCAGGAGAAGGGGUCUUUGUCGAAGGAUAUGAGACAGGCAAACCAGACGACAGACUCAACCCAAAGAAGAAGGUGUGGGAGAAAGUGCAGGUGGACCUGAAGAUAUCAGAUGAUUGUGUAGCUCAGUGGAAAGACAAGCAGCUAAUGACCAAACUAGGACAGAUCACAUGUAAGACACUCAAGGGAGGCAACAUCAGUUAGAUAAACAUACAUUACAUUCACCACCGAAGCUGCUCCUGCCGGCCACAUUACAACAAAAAUACUCUCAUCAACAAAUUGCCAUGGCAACAAACUUCAUCUGGAUGUUUUCUUGGAGAAUGAUGGGACAUUGAUGCCAAAAGUCUCAGAUGCUUUGGACUGGCUUAGACAAAUUCUGUUACCUUGCAUUGACUUUAUUAGAAAAAAAUAUGUAAUUCCCCUGUUCAACAGAAAUUAUGUAACUAAUCAACACACGAUUCAUUACUGUUUCACUUUUUUUUUUUUUACCAGGGGUUGUUUGGUGUUCCUAACACACUUAAAUGUACAAGUACAAUAUAACAGAGUUUCUGCAAAAGAGACACAAUUCUACUCACAUAAUGGAUUACCUUCUUGUAUGUUGCAGUACCAGUUGCUCAUUCGUGGUAGUAGUUGACAAGGAAUCUCAGGUGUUUAAAAAGGGACUUAAUGUUUCACUACUAAAAUUACACUGUAUUGCUUUCAUUGUUAAUUUCAGGACAGUGGCCAAUCUGCCAAACCUAAUUAAUAAGAAUGGUUUGAUGGGCAUCAUAUGUAUAUAAAAAUCAAUGUUAUGUACUAUAAGACAUCGGACAGUUGCAUUGUGGGCAGUGUUUUACAGAAAUCAAUAUCUGGACAUUAAGUCAUAAAGAAAUAAUGCAUCAUCUCUAAUAUGAAAUAAAUGCUGGCUGAAUUCUGUGGUCUGCAGAAAUUAAAUAAAUGUGCUAGUUUCGA